AUGGCCACUACCUUUGUCUCUUCAUCCAGAUCCAUCAGGAGCUCCGGCGGCUCCAUGAUUGGCGGCUCCAUGAUGGGCGGCGGAGGCCGUAUGUCCAUGAGAGCCGGGAGUGUGUAUGGAGGAGCAGGAGGAUCAGGUGUUCGCAUCUCCUCAGCCUCAAGUGGAGGCAUGGGCAUGGGCAUGGGCAUGGGCAUGGGCAUGGGCGGUGGUAUCUUCGGUGUUAACGGCAACGAGAAGUUCACCAUGCAGAACCUGAAUGACCGUCUGGCCUCCUACAUGGCCAAGGUGUCAACCCUGCAGACAGCCAACGCUGACCUGGAGCUGAAGAUCAGGCAGUACAUGGACAGCAGGGUCACCUACACCUCCAGAGACUACACCUCCUUCUUCGGCGUCAUCGGUGACAUCACAGCCAAGAUCGAGGCCGCCAUCAGGGUGAAUGGCGCCAUCCACCUCAGCAUCGACAACGCUCGCCUGGCCGCAGACGACUUCAGGGCAAAGUUCGAGAACGAGAUGACCAUGCGUCAGUCCGUGGAGGCCGACAUCGCCGGGCUGAGGAGAGUCCUCUCCGAAAUGACUUUGGCCAAGAAGGACUUCACCCUGCAGAUGGAGGGCCUGAAGGAGGAGCUGCUCUUCCUCAAGAACAACCACAAGGAGGAGCUGGUGGUGAUGCGCGGACAGAUUUCCGGUCAGGUGAACGUGCAGGUCGACGCCGCUCCAGCAGAAGACCUCAGCAGGGUCAUGGCUGAAAUCAGAGAACACUACGAGUCCAUCACAGCCAAGAACCAGAGAGAACUGGAGGUCUGGUUUACCACCAAGUCAGAGGCGCUGAGCAAAGAGGUGAUCACACAGACAACCAGCCUGCAGACAUCGAGGUCAGAGGUCACAGAGGUAAAACGGACGCUGCAGUCUCUGGAGAUCGAGCUCCAGUCCAUGUUGGGAAUGAAAGCGUCGCUGGAGGGAAGUCUGGCUGAGACACAGAGCCGCUACGCCAUGCAGCUCUCCAGCUACCAGAUGCAGGUGACGUGCCUGGAGGAGCAGCUCGCCCAGCUGAGAGCCGACCUGGAGCGUCAGGGACGCGAGUACCAGAUGCUGCUGGACAUCAAGACCAGGCUGGAGAUGGAGAUCACAGAGUACAGGAGGCUGCUGGACGGAGAGGCCAGCAGCAGCAGCAGCAGCUCGUCCAUGUCCACCACAACCAAGCGGAUAGUGACGGUGACAGAGAAGAUCGGUGGAAUUAGUUCCUCGUCUUCGUCCUCAUCCUCAUACAUGGUGCGCUGA